AUGAGCAACCUUGCGUCCAUCUUCCACAAGCUUGAUCGGUUGGAAGAGGCAGAGAAGAUGAAGCGAGAAGUACUCGCUCUGCAGUUGGAGAUCCUUGGACCACGUCAUCCUGACACCAUUCUAGCAAUGGAAAACCUUACGGUCAGCCUGCAGUCCAGUGGUCAAUUGCAGGAGAAGGAAAAGAUUCAACAAGAGAUACUCACUCUGAAACUAGAUACUCUUGGGCCACGCCAUCCCGACACCAUUUUGGCAAUGACCAACCUUGCUGCUACACUACAUCGACGCAGUCAACUGGCCGAAGCGGAGAAAAUACAACGAGAUGUACUUGCUCUAUACUUCAGAACCUCCAUGAUAUUGCACAAGAGCGGUCAACUCGCAGAGGCUGCAAGGCUCCUACAGGAGACCAUGGUAGUACGAGUCGAAGUUUUUGGUGAAGAUCAUCCCGAUACUUUGACCUCAAAGAGACGCCUCGAAGCGAUUGUUUUACAACAAUCCUCUCUCUCGUAG